UUUAUAAAUAUGGCUCAACUAACAUGACUUGCCAGUAGGCAUCUGCAGAACUCAGUUAGUUGAGUCUGUCUCACAGUCUCACUUACCUAUAACUUGGAAUUUUAGCUGGAAGUUUGUAGUUAUUGUCCUCACUCCUAACUAAAAGAUUUUCUCUUUUCCUUUUUGUUUUUUCUUCUUUUGGUCAAACUUGAGAUAACUUGGUUCAAGUACAAAGAAGAUCAAGUACUCAAAGACCAACUACAAGUCAAAUUUGAGAAUUGUUGUUACAAAUACACAUCCUUUAAAGCUUUAAGAAAUCCCAACAACAAAGAUGCAUGACCUACUCAUCUCCAGGUAAGAUAAAUCUUCAGCCUCUGCAUUUUAGGGAUGUUGGCAGUGGCAGCAGCAGUAAUACUAGUGUGUAUAGCCGCCUAUGGAUACAAAAGAGUAAAGCCUCCCCCUCCAAAGAUUUGUGGUUCUCCAAAUGGUCCUCCUAUCACUUCACCAAGAAUCAAGCUGAGUGAUGGAAGGCACUUAUCUUAUAGAGAGAGGGGUGUUCCAAAAGAAAUUGCCAAGUACAAGGUUAUUCUUGUCCAUGGUUUUGACAGCUCCAAGGACAUAUAUUUGCCACUAUCUCAAGAGGUGAUGGAAGAGUUAAGUGUAUAUGUACUGACCUUUGAUAGAGCAGGAUAUGGAGAGAGUGAUCCAAACCCAAAAAGAUCAGUGAAGAGUGAAGCAUUUGACAUUCAAGAACUAGCUGAUCAAUUGCAUCUAGGACCCAAAUUUCAUGUGAUUGGAGUUUCCAUUGGAACCUACUCCAUUUGGGCUUGCCUCAAGUAUAUACCACACAGGCUAGCAGGUGUGACUCUAGUAGUUCCAGUCAUAAAUUUCUGGUGGCCUUCUUUUCCUCCUAAACUAGCAAAAGAGGUCUUCAGGAAGCAACUCAAGAGGGAUCAAGUAAAACUGACCAUUGCUCAUCAUUUCCCUGCACUUGUCUACUGGUGGAUGACUCAGAAGCUGUUCCCUUACUCUUCUAUCAUGCAGAGACACCCAAUUCUGCUAAACAAAAGAGAUUUAGAAACUAUAAAGCAAAUGUCUCAAGUCCCAAAUCCUCAUGAGCACAAGGUUAGGCAGCAAGGAGUCCAUGAAUCACUGCACAGAGACAUGAUUGUGCAUUUUGGGAAGUGGGAAUUUGACCCGAUGAAGCUGAAGAAUCCAUUUCCUGACAAUGAGGCUUGUGUUUACCUGUGGGAAGGUCACAAUGACAAGUUGGUGCCAUUUGAAUUACAGAGAUAUGUUGCUGAGAAGCUGCCAUGGAUCAAAUAUCAUGAAGUUCCUGACGGUGGUCAUUUGAUGAUUCAUGAGAAGGGCUUGUGUGAGGCUAUAUUCAGGGAACUUUUGCUUGGAGAAGAAUCCUCCUUUUGAUCUGCAAGAAACUACUCAGGGUGGCGGCGGUGCACGAGAAGAACCACUUAAAUAAAAAAAUCUCGACAUUUGAAUAACUAUCAUCCAACUUAUAUCUAUCCAAGAUGGCUGAAUUGGUUGGUAAGAGUUGUGAAGUCAUGCAUCCCCUACUAGAUACAAAGAGAACGAAAGAGAAAAACUUCAAAAUAAGAUUCGAUUGUAAAUGAAGAAAAUAGAAUUGUGUGAAAGAGAGUAUGCUACUGUGUUUUAAAUAGAAUGAACAAAUAUUAUAUUUUUAUAGAAAGUGAAGAGAUUAAGAUUUUCACUA